AUAACAUUUUGUUCACAUUAGGAGACUCUACAAACUCUCCUGUCUGAGCUCUGUGCAGUAUUUACAUUUUCAGAAUUUCUACAAAAAGGUUUAUUUUGCAACGUUUAUCAUUAUUGCACUGACAUUAAUUGAAUUAUUUUGUCUUUUCUUGCUCAUAACUCCAUCAGUAUUUAGGCUUCACUCAGAACUACAGUAUAACAUCCACUAGGUGUCUCUCACGUCUUAUAUAUGAAGCUUUUGCUGCCAUGAGUUUUUCUUAACAGCUGUACAGACAAUAAGGAACAGUGCGUUCAGUUAUCCUCAGUAUGGAGCUACAGUCAUCAGGAUAUUGUGUCUUUGUUAUAAUAAUUAAUGGGAAAUGAAACUGGCUGUGAGUAGUCCUGUGAUCGCCACAAAUAGAAACAAACACAACGUUGCUGUUGCAAGGGUCCACUGGGGUGUUUAGUCACAGCCAGGAGUGCCGUCAACCAGGACCACAGAUAUGACUCACACAAGAUGCUUAGGAAUAAAACUGGACUUCCUGUUCCCAGCUCCCCCAACCAAAACCACAAUGUCUUUAUAAUCUUAUAGGAUUUAAAAUGGUCCCUGCGGCAUUCGGUGUUGGGUUUGACUCAGACUAUGUGGCAAUUCCUAUAUGCUAUUGCUUUUGAAAUAUAAGUAGGCUAUUGUUGUCCCCCAAAUUGUGACUCCACAUAAACAACAGUCAGUUCUUUGCUUUAUGUCUUGAUCAUUGCUUAGUUUUGUCAAAUGGAAAGUUUGGACUAGAAGUGUAACCCACGGCUCCUGUACACCAGCAGUGGGUACCUCCCAUUUGUUGAUUUAAAAUCUACAAGAAGUUGCACAGCUUACAUUGACAAUAAAACACUGUACCAGAAUUUUAGUGUAUAUUAUAAAACUGAUUUCAGAAAAAUGCUGUGUACACAGUCAGCUAUUACAGUGACAUGACAGAAGUGGGCUACACACACACUUUUAUCAAUUUGUCAUAUUACCAUGAUGUAAUCUAGACUUAACAUCUACACACAUGAGCUAUGAGAUGAUGUUCACUGUCUUUCCUCAGCGACCUAAAAACUAUUCAGAUCAUUUACUUAAAAGAGCAGCAACACGGCUCUACAACCUCAUAUAAAUGCACAUUAGAUUGUUAGUUCCACUGGUUCACCUUUGGUGCAGUGCUUCACAGAGGUCUGGACACGGGACCUCAAACUGAGGAGAAGUUGACUGUGACUAAAAGCUGGUCAGACUUUAAGGAUGAUCUUCACUUCACCCUAAAGAGUCCACAUCAAAUGCUGAUGUGUUUGUGUGUAGAGGAAAGGAGACUUAACUCUCCUCCACAUCUUUUUUCCCCACAUCCUCCCCCUCUCUCACACUCCAUUUCGUGCACGAAACGACGGUCCUCCCCCUCUCAUUGUAAACACACCCAUUGAAUUCAGCGAGAGAAGACUGGAAGCGCAAGACAGGAGCGUCACAAAGGAGCAGGGCAGCGGCGCUGGAGUAUCGUCUCCAAACGUCUCGGCUCAUCCUUUGCAUUAAACCCCGUUUAUUUUUCUGCGGGGUCGUAAUACAUAUAGACUUAUUACUUCGGGGAGUUGCAGACGACAGUGCAGUGGUGGACAGCGGCCUCAUCCUGACCGAGUAUCCGCCUGCAUUUCGGAAAUAACCGAGGAGUUCUCACACUCCCCGAGCGCAAAGCUUGCAUCGUGGCUCUUUCAGAAGUGGCAUGUUCGAGGGAUACUGCAGGCACAAUUGAACUCCUGCUUUCACCCAAAGAGGAUUCAAUGAAAAUGUCCGUGUGCGUCCAUGAGAACCGAAAAUCACGAGCCAGUACUGGCUCUAUGAACAUCUACCUGUUCCACAAGUCCUCUUAUGCUGACAGUGUCCUGAUGCACCUCAACUCGCUACGGCAGCAAAGGCUUUUCACAGAUGUCCUACUUCACGCUGGUAGCCGCUCCUUCCCCUGCCAUCGUGCUGUGCUGGCUGCCUGCAGUCGCUAUUUCGAGGCCAUGUUCAGUGGUGGGCUGAGGGAGAGCCAGGCCAGUGAGGUCGACUUCCAUGACUCCAUCCACCCAGAGGUUUUAGAGCUCCUGCUGGAUUAUGCCUACUCCUCACGUGUGGUCAUCAACGAGGAAAAUGCAGAGUCAUUACUGGAGGCUGGCGACAUGUUGGAGUUUCAGGACAUUCGAGAUGCCUGCGCCGAAUUCCUGGAGAGGAACCUUCACCCAUCUAAUUGUCUUGGCAUGUUGCUGCUGUCCGACGCCCACCAGUGUACCAAGCUGUCAGAGCUCUCCUGGGGCAUGUGCCUCAGCAACUUCCCUGCUAUUUGCAAGACUGACGACUUCCUCCAACUGCCCAAAGAUAUGGUGGUGCAGCUUUUGUCACAUGAGGAGCUUGAGACAGAAGAUGAGAAACUGGUUUAUGAAGCUGCCCUUAACUGGAUCAACUAUGACUUGGAAAGGAGGCACUGCCACCUUCCAGAGCUCCUGCGAACAGUCCGCCUGGCUCUACUGCCUGCCAUCUUUCUGAUGGAGAAUGUCUCGACAGAAGAGCUGAUCAAUGCCCAGGCCAAGAGCAAGGAGCUGGUGGAUGAAGCUAUCCGCUGUAAGCUGAAGAUCCUGCAGAAUGAUGGUGUUGUUAACAGCCCAUGUGCUCGACCAAGAAAAACCAGUCAUGCCCUUUUUCUUCUGGGAGGGCAAACCUUCAUGUGUGACAAGUUGUACCUGGUAGAUCAGAAGGCCAAAGAGAUCAUCCCCAAGGCUGAUAUCCCCAGCCCCAGGAAGGAAUUUAGCGCCUGCGCCAUCGGGUGUAAGGUGUACAUCACUGGAGGGAGAGGCUCAGAGAACGGUGUGUCCAAAGAUGUGUGGGUCUAUGACACCAUCCAUGAGGAAUGGUCCAAAGCAGCUCCCAUGCUCAUCGCCAGGUUUGGCCACGGCUCUACAGAGCUGAAACACUGCCUCUAUGUGGUAGGAGGUCACACCGCAGCAACUGGCUGCCUCCCAGCUUCUCCAUCAGUGUCACUCAAACAGGUGGAGCAGUUUGACCCAGUGGCAAACAAGUGGACCAUGGUGGCUCCUUUGAGAGAAGGUGUGAGCAAUGCAGCAGUGGUCAGUGUCAAGCUCAAGCUGUUUGCCUUUGGAGGAACCAGUGUCACCCAUGACAAGCUGCCCAAGGUGCAGUGCUACGAUCCACAGGAGAAUCGAUGGACUGUGCCCGCAUCCUGCCCACAGCCAUGGCGCUACACUGCUGCUGCUGUGCUGGGAAACCAGAUCUUUGUAAUGGGUGGGGAUACAGAGUUCUCAGCAUGCUCAGCUUAUAAGUUCAGCAGUGAGAAUUAUCAGUGGACAAAAGUGGGCGAUGUGACAGCCAAGCGGAUGAGCUGCCAGGCUGUAGCAUCUGGUAACAAACUCUAUGUGGUGGGUGGAUACUUUGGCACACAGCGGUGUAAAACUCUGGACUGCUAUGACCCCACACUGGAUGCUUGGAACAGCAUCACUACUGUGCCAUACUCGCUCAUUCCCACUGCUUUUGUCAGCACCUGGAAACAUCUGCCUGCUUGAGCCCCAGACCCCCAGUAUACAUCUUUUCCAUGAGAUUUCCCUGUUUUGCAUCGUCUACUGGACUCCAACUGUGAAGAAGCAAGCACACAUUCUCUUCCUCUGAAAGAGACACUGAGCAGUGAUGUACAGACACCCGCCUUCAUUUUGAUGUUGCAAAGAAGCAGAAGACACAUACGGCUGGACAUUUUACUGGAAUGAUGCCAUUUCGAGUUUCUGAGGAGGAAGCAGAGACACACAGCACAGUAGCUCACUCAAACCAAACAAAACUGCUGCUUGUUGAGGUACGACCUCCAACCCUGUGUACAUGAGACACACCAGGCUUCCACCAUGCCAUACGAGGACUGCAAACAUAUCACACAACCUGCAUUUUCCUUAUUUAGUCAGGACAGGCUUGUGAAGAUCUGUAUUGAUGUUUUUUCACAUGAUAAAAAAAGAAGAAAAAAGUUCUCCUUUCAAGGAGACAGCAAUGCAUAGCAUGAUGGAUGUUCUAUUUACAUUGAGGGAGGGAGAAUGUAAUGAUUGGUGUGCUAAAAAACAGCAAAGCAACUUAGUUCGACUGAAAACAGCUGAUUUUUUUAAAAGGCACAAUGAAGGAGCAAAUCUCCCCCUUCUGCUUUCUGCUAAGCUCUUUUGUUUGGCCCCAUUUAUCUUUUUCUAACCGGUCUAACACAGAAACAAACCUUUGAGUGUUCCUCCUAUGAAGGCUUUGGCAGGUUGCUGUCAGUGCAAACCACAAGGUGUUGAUGAGUAACACCAGCUGAGGUUGAGGGGGACGGAGGGCAUGCCUACGUGGCCACAGGGGUCAAGGUGCCUCAGGGUCACCACCUUACGUGUUUUCUGUUUUGCAGCUACAGAUUAACGCCUGCUGAGUGUUGGUUAAUGGCGCACAGGGGCAAUGUUUGGAUUUAGCGCUUCAGAAAAAAUGCUGUCACAUUCAGCCGUACACUUAAUGCUGUAAAAGACCAGCUGUGCUUCUUUUAUUCUGAUUAAGCAGCAGCUCGCUUGGUGAGUCAUAGCUAAAGUCUUUUUAGAGCAUGUCCACUCAUAGUGAUUCAGUAAAACUGGCAUGAACUCCUCUCUGUGGUCACAGAAAUCUUGUCACCUUAACCUAAACUGAGAAUUAGUCAGUGUCUUUUUAAACUUGCUGCAAUGUAGUCUUAAUUUAUAUGACAAUGAUUACUCAGUUAUGUUAAUAUGUUAAAUCCUAUUUAUUUCUUCUCUGCCUGCAUUCAUAUGCAAAUGUAUGUUUUGGGUUACGUCAUGCAUGCCAGGCCAGGUGUUGUGUUUAAUCUGGUCUCAGUAGGACUGCAUUUUAUACAGUUCUUCUAAAAAAGACAGAGGAGAACCUUUCCCAGGGUUUUCAGUUGUCAGAGUAUGGAUGAAGAGGAAAAAGGGCUCAGGUUACUGAUGACAUGAAGCAUUUUAGGCCACUGUGUCGACACCCAAAAAGGAAGCUUGAAUGGGGUGAAAAGAAUGAAAUAUUCAUUUUAGAUUCUCUGUAAGAUCCAACCAGGCUCCAGACACACCUCAAAUCAACCUGUUAUCAACAAAACAUGAAGUUAUGAACCAUAAAACAGAUAAGCUGGUGGAAUGGGGCAGUGUGUGACCAGCCACUAUCAGCGAUGUCACAGGGUGACCCUGACAUGCUUAAGAAUGCGACUGUCUUUGCAGCUGUCCUUGGGACAGCUGGAGGACUUCACAUGUGCUAACUUGGCUCCUCAUGGUGUUAACCCACAGUCCACUUCAACAUUAGGUGAAAAAGAGUUAAAUCCAGGAAGCUGUGCACUGAUAAGGGCAGACACCGCAGUGCUUUUUAUCAUAGUGUCAUUGAUGCACAUUAAAAAAAAAACACUGCAAGUUCCUAAAGACCAAAAAGAGAGAAUGUCUUAAUCACUAGCAUUUUAAAUACUUGGUAACUCUAAUCUGUGUUUUUGUCUGUAUGUCUUGUCUAGGUAACCUGAACAUUGACAUUUUACAAUUGAAUAUUAAUGGCCUCGUUGAAUUUCAAUGUAAGAGGAAAUGUUUUGGUGGAAUAUGUAUGUAUUUUCUUAAAAAGUUCUUCCGUGCGCAUUCAUGAAUCAGAUCAAAUCUGCAUGCUCAGCUCCUGGAGCCACCCAGAAGUUCAUCCUUUUAUUGGCCAUUUCAGGACUUCUGUGGAGACCCUUGUGGCUCCAUAAGCUUGACCUCCUCCAACCACUGAGCACAGAGCCUCUGGCCUCACCAAUCAGAUAAGAGUGUUUCUUCCCCAUAGAACACAAGUCUCCCCUGGCAACAGCAAGUAAUGAAUGCCCCUUCAAUUUGCACCUAAUUGCUGAGUGGCAUUUCCCAUUUCUACUCUUGGCCUCCUCUUAUUUUCUCUUGCAUCUGGAAAUUCAGCUGGCGCAGAGUGGGGCACCGUGUACUGCUUCUCAUAAUGAUGUAAAUUAGACAGAAAACACUGUCAGUGUGCAUCAGUUUCAUUUUAUGUAAUGUAAGAGUUUUCAUUUCUGUUUUUAUGGCAUUAUUUUGUACAUGUGAUUUUUUCACAAUGUGAAAUUCAUGGCUAAUAAACAUAAAGAG